UUCUUUCAAUAACAAAGCCCUUUGAGAUCAAUUACUUCGCAUUUCUUGUACAAGAACAGUAACUCAAGAAUCAGAUGGGUAUUCGCUUGCUCAGAGCUGUUCAUGCCAAGCAGAUCCUCAGGAGAGUUCUUUCGACUGCAGUGGCAGAUGUUCCUAAAGGCCAUAUUGCUGUUUAUGUUGGUGAAACUGAGAGGAAACGCUUUGUUGUGCCGGUUUCAUAUCUGAAGCAUCCUUCGUUUCAGAGCUUGCUCAGCCAAUCUGAAGAGGAGUUUGGAUUUGAUCAUCCAAUGGGUGGUCUUACAAUCCCAUGUAGGGAAGAAAUCUUCCUCAGUCUUACGCGCAAUAUAAGUUCUUUGUAAUUGAGGAGGAGAUAGAUUCAAAUUUUAGCACUUAGGAGGAGUGAUCACUUUGAACACCAUUUAUCAGAAAAGCAACCUCUCCAAUUUUGGAUUAAUCUGGAGAACUGGGUUGUUUCAUGUACAUCA